GCCCCGGAACUACUUUUUAGUGUUAAUGACGAGACGCUAGCAUUUUCCAUUCGUACAGUCCGGACGCUAACAGCAAUGUGUAUUUUUUUAUUAGCUUAGCUAAUUAUUAUUUUAACAUAAGUAACCCAGUUGUAGCAGUGAAUGGCCAUAUAGCGUCGAAUAGUGAAUAUUAGCCACAUCUACCCGGUCUUUGAGAGGAUAACCUUCCCGUCAUGUUUGGGAGAGAGGCGGAGGUCAGGCGCGCGGGCUGUCAACAAUGUCCAGCUGAAAAAACGCUACUGGGUCCCCAACUUUCUCGUUAAGACAAAGCUGAAUCAUGCCGGGGAAGCUGAAAGCUAAGAUUGUGGCAGGGCGCCACUUACCUGUCAUGGACAGAGCCAGCGACCUCACUGAUGCCUUUGUAGAGGUCAAGUUUGGCAACACAACUUUCAAAACGGACGUCUUCCCCAAGUCACUUAACCCACAGUGGAACUCAGAGUGGUUCAAAUUUGAGGUGGAUGAUGAGGACUUGCAGGAUGAGCCGUUACAAAUCACAGUGUUGGACCAUGACACUUACAGUGCCAACGAUGCAAUAGGGAAGGUCUACAUUGACAUCGACCCUCUGCUCUCCUGCGAGGCUGCUACUGUCAUCUCUGGAUGGUUCCCCAUCUACGACACUAUACACGGUAUCAGAGGGGAGAUUAAUGUUCUGGUGAAGGUGGACCUCUUCAAUGACCUGAACCGCUUCAGACAGUCCUCUUGCGGUGUCAAAUUCUUCUGCACAACGUCCAUCCCGAGGUGUUACCGCGUGGCGCUGGUCCAUGGCUUUGUUGAGGAGCUGGUGGUGAACGAGGACCCAGAGUACCAGUGGAUUGACCGCAUCAGAACCCCCAGAGCUUCUAACGAGGCCCGACAGAGACUCAUCUCUCUCAUGUCUGGUGAGCUGCAGCGGAAGAUAGGUCUGAAAGUGUUGGAGAUGGGUGGUAAUGCGGUGGUGGGGUACCUGCAGUGCUUUGAUCUGGAGGGAGAGUCAGGUCUGGUGGUCCGAGCCAUCGGCACCGCCUGCACUCUGGACAAACUCAGCCCUGGGAUGGCUCCCAACACCACCACACACACCAACACACACACACUCCCCAACACCGCCCCCGCAUCCAAUGCCUGCAACUCUCCUUCCAAGGACAGCAAAGAGCCCGUGUUCAGUGAGGACCCCCCCCAUCCCCUCUCCGGCCCCCCCACGCCUCUCAGAACCCUUCCUUCCUCCUCUCCUCCUCCCUUCUCUCCAUCCAAGCCAUGCAGUCGCCAGUCCUCCUCCUCAGACACAGACCUCAGUCUGACACCCAGGAUUGAGAGGUUUGUGUCUCGUCCUGGGGUCUUCCUCUGUCCCAGUUCCCCCACCCCCUCCUUCGAUUCCCCGUCCCUUCCUUCCUCUGGGCUAAUCCUGUGCAGCAUUGGGUCUGCCCUCAGAGCCUACACCCCACCCCCUCUUCCCUCUGUCCAAUCAGAGGGGUCUGUGUUGAGAAAGACUGUAUCAUUCAGUGAAGAGCUGAUGCUGGCGGCCUCCGGGAUGGGGAGUGGGGGCAGCGUUGGAAAAGAGGCUGGGCCUCUGAAGACCCUCCUCAGACAACAUACCCAAUCAGCUCUGGAGCAGAGGGAGUUCCCCAUCUUCACGUUGACCUGUUUCCCCCCUGGCUUCUUGGUUCACGUCGGGGGCGUGGUCAGCACCCGCUCGGUCAAGCUGCUUGACCGCAUACACAACCCCGACGAGCCAGAGACGAGGGACGCGUGGUGGGAGGAGAUUCGUCAGGAGAUCAAGUCUCAUGCAAAAGCCCUGGGUUGCCACGCUGUGGUGGGAUACAGCGAGAGCACCAGCAUCUGUGAGGAGGUGUGUAUCCUGUCUGCAUCUGGCACGGCGGCCAUGUUGAAUCCCAGAUUCAUGCGUGAGGGCUGUCUGGACAUCGGCGGCAGCGACCACAGGUUAUCACGGCAACCACACCCCGGCAUGGUGGGGUCGGAGAGGGGCGAGGGGGAAGUUAGCUCAACCUGGCUGGGGUUUGAGGAUGCGUCGCCCCCUAGCUGCGGGUUUGUUCACAUCCCAUAUGAUGAGUUCAACAUGCCGUUCCCAGCUCAGCUUACAUACUGCUACCACUGUAGGAGACAGAAGGUCCCUGAUGUGCUCUUUACUACCAUAGACCUACCUGCUGAGGCUGAGGUUACUGGGAAGGGCUGCCUCAUACAGGCCAGGUUGUGUCGAACGAAGAAGAAGGCCCAAGGGGAGGUGAAUGCUACAUCCAUCUCUAACCUCCUCCCCUUCAUGGAGUAUGAGCUCCACACACAGCUGAUGAACAAACUCAAACUGCGCUCCAUGAAUGCUCUGUUUGGACUCCGCAUUCAGAUCAGUGUGGGAGAAAACAUGCUCCUGGGACUAGCUUCUGCAACGGGUGUGUACCUGUCAGCGCUGCCAGCUCCAGGUGGUAUCCAGAUAGCUGGUAAGACCCCCAGUGACCUGAGCUACGACCAACACAUCUCCACCAUACAGAAACGCAUCGAUGACACCAUCGCCAAGAACAAGGAGCUCUACAACAUACACCCCCCGAAGUUAUUUACGUUGGACCCUGAGGCAUUCACCGGCCUGAAUACGGAGUGUAUAGAGGAGGUGGUGGGGUCUCCUAUCCCUGACAGACAGCGGUCCAGACUGUUCAGGUCUACCUCUGAGAGUUCAGAUGAGCUGUCCGAACUAGACCUGUCCCACGGCAAGAAGGAUGCCUUUGUACUGGAGAUUGAUGACACUGAUGCAGUAGAGGACAUCCAAUCCCUACUUACUGAUGCCCCCAUACCUGCAGGGUUCUACAGCUGUAACACGGAGGUCAUGCCUGGGAUUCACAACUGGACUUCAGGACUACAGAUGUUUACAUCUGUCCGGGUCUACAGACUCAGUAAUGCCAAUCUGACCAACCAGGGCCUCAACAAGAUCUUCACUGACCUCUGUGAGAACUUGCUCAAAAGUCUAUACUUUAAGCUGCGUUCCAUGAUCCCCUGCUGUCUUUGCCAUCUGAACUUCACUGUAGCUGUACCAGAAGAAGAACUCAUACAGGUGGCGGUGACAGCCGUAGCCAUGAGUUUUGACAAGGAGACUCAGCAGGCAGCAGACAGGGCUCUCACCAGGGGGAGUGGUGAGAAUGAGGAGCAGCUCCAGUUUUCUAUGGAGCUGUGUGGAGAGUCAACCAUCUCCAACAACCAGCCUACAGCCAAACCUUCAGGUGUUCCUGAGAGUGCCAUGGUCCACUCGUCUCGAGCUCCCUCGGUUGAUUACGGUUCCUUUGCAGACAGAUGCAGCACCUGGCUAGAGCUGCUUAGGCUGAAAGCUCACACCAUAAGACGAGGAUCAGUUAAGACAAGUAGGAGGACACAGUUGCUAGCACACUCUGUCUCGUCUUCAGAGCGCUGCAGUCCUCUCCCAGAGGGGCGGUCCCGGUCGCUACGCUCCACCAGGUCGUUGCCGUGCGGUGCCCCUGUUACUGUGGUGAAGAUGACUCCUCUGUCCUUCCUUCCCGGGACGCGCAUUGUGAAAUACUUGGGAAUCAUCAACAUGUUCUUCAUUAGGGAGACCACGUCACUACGAGAGGAGGGGGGUGUAAGUGGCUUCCUCCAUUCCUUCAUAGCGGAGGUGUUUGCCAUGGUCCGUGCCCAUGUAGCAGCUCUGGGGGGCAACGCCUUAGUGUCAUACAGCAUGAAGGAGUGUGUCUUCAUGGAAAACCCCAACAAGAACCAGGCUCAGUGUCUGAUUAAUGUUAGUGGUGAUGCUGUUAUCUUCAUCAGAGAAUCAGACCAAGAGGCCAUACCCCCUCUGUUGACCAGCAGACAGACCAGCGGCACUGGAGCUGACGGGACCACAUGACACACACUUGAGUCUAGCCAUCCAAAUAAUUGUGAUUUGUGUCUGCCUUAAACAGAUGGAACGUCUUAAGGUUAGGUAGGACCCCACAAAUUACACAUGCAAACAAACACACAGUUGACAAGUUGGAGAAAUUGUCUCUCAUUGGCCAUUGAGUUACUCUACAGAAGCCAUUUAGAGAGGCAGUCUGUCAUUUCUCUCUCUGUUUUUGAUAUAAUAGACAUUCCAAAACAUGUUGAAGCUAUCCCUCUCCAUCCAGUCUCAGCAGUCACUAGCCGGCCAUGCUAAAGCAGACAAGGUAUUCAUUGAUAGACAGCUCCGUACAGGGUAGUCACUACUGUAGAUGGCCAUGGUAGAGAACUAAAUUGUAGAAAUAAGUGUUUUAAUUGUCUGUCAGACGAUAUUUGGGCUAACACACACGCCCUGUGGACAGCCUCCUGCCAUCCUCCUGGCUGUCAUGACUGCAGCCUUCCAGGUCUCCAUACUACUGAACUCUCCUGUCUUUAACGAUCAUGUAAAUGCUGGAAAACAAAACUAAUUGCGAUGACACAUUUUUGUUCAUUGUUUAGAUGCUACUUGUGUUUGUGUAAAUGUGUGCUACAAUCAGAUUUGAGUAUUUUUAUAAUGUAAAAUUAUAUUCGUCAAGUCUAAUGAAAUUCUGGAAGUUUGAUUUAUAUGGUGUAAGAGAAGUAAGGGUACAGUGAUCUGUUCUACUGUUAAUGAAUAUAACCAGUCUCUCUUUCGCUGUAUGACUUGAAUGUACGUACAUACAUACAUAGACUGUGUUGCUUAGUGUCUGCAUGUAUCUGUUAUUGCCAUGACUGUCUGUCUGCUCGUUGCCUGAGAUGAUCAGUCCUGCACAAUAAACUAAACUAGUCCUGUUGACUAGUCACUUUA